AUUUACGUUCAGCGUUCACUCAAGUUGCAAUUCAAGUUGAGUUAAGUGUCAAGUCUGAAAGAGCCGGGUUUGAGGUUGAGGUCUAUGUUUGUGCACUGCUAUUUACUUGUGUAACUUGCAAUUGUAAGAAUUGGAAGUUAAUCCAUGAUACUCUAGCUCUAGAAAUAUAGUGGCAUUGAAUGUACAUGAGUAAUAUUGAAAGGUUAAAUUGAGGAAUUUUUGUGGCACCACCUUCUCUGUAAAGAAAGAGUACCGGAAAAAAGAUGGAAAAAAGUUCGAACAUACAAGUUAUUUCACCUAAUGUAAAAUAUACCGACGACUAUAUUUAUGCAGAUUAUGAGUACGAAGAAACUUUAGUUACUAAGAAGGAUAAUGAGUUAUUGGUAAAACCAUAUCAGACGUCUCUAUGUAUCCGUACGGGUCGCAAGGUGGGUCGGCUGGGCAUCAUGUUGGUAGGUUGGGGCGGCAACAAUGGCUCCACCUUCACCGCCGCGGUCCUCGCCAACCGUCAUCAGCUCUCUUGGCAAACAAAGAAUGGGAAGAUGGAUCCUAAUUGGUAUGGUUCAAUAACACAAGCAUCAACAGUUCGUUUGGGUAUCGAUGAGAGUGGCCAGGAUGUGUACGUGGGCAUGUCUGAACUCCUGCCUAUGGUACAUCCUGAUGACUUAGUGAUCGACGGUUGGGACAUCAGCCCGCUGAACCUGGCGGAGUCGAUGGUGCGCGCCAAGGUCAUAGACUAUGACCUCCAGCAGAAGCUGAAGAAGGAAAUGUCAGCGAUGAAGCCACGACCUGCGAUCUACGACCCCGAUUUCAUCGCUGCCAAUCAGGCGGAUCGAGCAACAAACCUUAUCCGCGGCACCCGCUACGAGCAGUACCUGCAAGUUCGUGCUGAUAUAAAGGACUGCCGCGACAGGAACAAGCUGGACACCAUCAUCGUACUAUGGACCGCCAAUACUGAGAGGUUCUGCGAAGUGCGUGCGGGCGUUCACGACACCUCCGACAACUUGGAGCGUGCGCUACGCAACAACGACUCCGAGAUCUCGCCCUCCACCAUCUUCGCUAUGGCCGCUAUCGAUGAAGGCUGCUGCUACAUCAACGGGUCGCCGCAGAACACGCUGGUGAGCGGCGCGGUGCAGCGCGCGGAGCGGGCCGCCGUCUUUGUAGCGGGGGACGAUUUCAAGUCCGGACAGACUAAGCUAAAGUCCGUGCUCGUUGAUUUCCUUGUCACAGCCGGUCUGAAGCCAGUGUCCAUUGUGAGUUACAACCACCUUGGUAAUAACGACGGCAAGAAUCUCUCCGCGCCCAAACAAUUCCGCUCCAAAGAGAUAACGAAGAGCAACGUGGUAGACGACAUGGUGGAGUCCAACAGCAUCCUGUACAAGCCUGGAGAGAAACCUGACCACGUCGUCGUCAUUAAAUAUGUGCCAUAUGUCGGUGAUUCAAAGCGCGCGAUGGACGAGUACACGUCGGAGAUCCUGCUGCACGGCACCAACACGCUGGCCGUCCACAACACAUGCGAGGACUCGCUGCUGGCCGCGCCCCUCAUCCUGGACCUGGCGCUGCUCGCCGAGCUGUUCAGCAGGGUGCAGCUGCGCAGGGACGACACGGAAGAAUGGGAGGGUCUGCACGCGGUGCUGUCGCUGGUGUCGUACCUGCUGAAGGCGCCGCUGGUGGCGGCCGGCGCGCCCGUCGUCAACGCGCUCGCCAAGCAGCGCGCCGCCAUCGAGAACAUGCUGCGCGCCUGCCUCGCGCUGCGCCCCACGCACCACAUGCAGCUCGAACACAAGGUGCAGUUCCUGCGCGCGGAGCUGCAGUCGGGCGCCAUGUUCGCGGGCGCGCCGCCCAACAAGCGCCAAAAGCGCGCGCAAAAUGGCGCACAAUAACUCACUAAAUACACUCAGAAACACAGAUGUAUUAUAAUCUAUGUCAUA